AUGGGGAGGUCGCCGUGCUGCUGCCACGACGCCGGGGUGAAGAAAGGGCCAUGGACGGAGGAGGAGGACAGGGCUCUGGUGGAGCACAUCCAGAAACGGGGCGGGCACGUCGGCAGCUGGCGCGGCCUGCCCAAGGCAUCGGGCCUCAACCGCUGCGGCAAGAGCUGCCGCCUCCGGUGGAACAACUACCUCCGCCCCGACAUCAAGCGCGGCAACUUCUCCGACGACGAGGAGCGCCGCAUCAUAAGCCUCCACGCUGCCCUCGGCAACAAGCGGUCGACGAUCGCGACGCACCUUGAUGGCCGGACGGACAACGAGAUCAAGAACUACUGGAACACGCACAUCCGGAAGAAGCUCCUGCGCGCGGGCGUAGACCCUGUCACGCACCAGCAGCUGCCUCCCGACCACAACGGCCAUCUCAUUCUCGAUGCCGCAUCCGCCGCCUUCCUCCCGGAGACACUCCUCUGGGCCACGGCGGCUGCGACCCUCGGUGGCGGCCUCAACACCGGUGCCUUCAUGCAGGCGCAGCUUCUGCAGCAGCUUCUCCAAGUCAUCGGCUCCAACAACAACGGAACCACAAACCUCAUCGCUAACCUAGCUCAAGCAAACGCAUUGCUGAACGCAAGCAGUAACAUCGUUCCCAGCAUCCUGCUCCAGGACCAGAUGAACAAGUUGUCUGGCGCGAACUACCUGCAGCCAAGCUACCUCGGCAACAUCUCGAGCUUUGAGGAGCAAAACAUGGUGCAGCAGCAGCUGAUCAACACCACGGUGUGUCCGGGAACAAGCUCCUCUGGAGCAGAUGACCCGGCUGCAGCGCUUGUAUCACGUGACGUCUCACCGGCAGUUGACCAGGCGCCGGUGGGGGAGUUCGCCGGCUUGCUGGAACCCAUGAUGGAGAUGCCCGAUCUGUGUUCUUUCGAGAGCAGUGAUUCUUUCUGGAAGGACAUACUGGAGGAGAGCUACCGUCUAUAG